AUGGCCGAGAAUCCCGAGUCCGAUGAGCUGGUGGCCGUCGACGAACUCACCGCCGAAGAAGCCAGCCGCAUAAUCCAUUCCCAUCGCAAGGUUCGCUAUGGCACCGCGUGUUGGCCCUGUCGCCAACGCAAGCUAUGCUCUUACAAGCCCAACCGCUCCACGGCAAACAAGCAUGCCCCCGCCUUGUCGCAGCACGUCUACGGUCGCAAGCGAGCCCUCUCAGCCUCCGACGGCGACGAGAGCCGCAAGACUGAGCGCCAGGACAGCUGGCCGCGCGCAAUAGCCAAUCUGGACGACUCCGAGUCUGUCGGCGACCGCUACCUCGGCCAGAACAGCAUCCCCGCCCUCCUCCGCGAGCAGUCGUCGCCCAACGACAAGACCGACAAUGUCGAUAUCCGCCGCGACAUGCGCUCCAUCCUCGGCCUCGACACGUCGGCCCCGUUUCCCCUCAUGUCGUCGCUGCAUCUUCACCGCCUGGCCCAGGACAUCUCGAAUGAGCUGCCGUCUGACAGAGAAGUCGUCAAACUCUUCCGCACUUACAAGGAGAUCCCCCAACCCUUUUGGGGCUUCGUUUACGACAUGGAUGACCUCGAGUCCCGGCUGAUGGUGUACUUGGAAGACCGAUCUCGCAACGCGUCCAGCACCGUGAGGUCAUCCAGGUCGGUCACGGCGUCAUGGCUGGCCAUCCUCUUUGCCGUCCUGGCCGUUGGGUCCCAAUACCACGAGAACCCAUACCACAUCCGCACCAGGGACUCGCAAAAGUACAUUCAGAUUUCGUUUCACUUUCUGCGCGUGGGCAACUUUCUCCUGAGGCCGUCUUUCGACUCAAUCCAGGCCCUCCUCCUCACCAGCUUUGUGCUGCUUAACGAUAUGAAGGCCGAGGCUUCAUGGGCUUUGACGGGACUGACGUGCCGCCUCGCGCAGUCUCUGGGCCUACACCGCCCCAACACGUACGACGGCCGCGAGAGCGCACCGCCCAACGCAAAGUCCAAGGAGAUGAUUCGGCGCAAGCUUUGGUGGACCUGCGUCUGGCACGAUACCCUGACCUCGCUGUCCUUUGAUCGUUGCCCCAUGACCAACUUCCCGAGCUGUUCCAUCCCCGAAUCGUCUACCGGCAGCUACACAUACCUAGAGAUGAUGUACCACCUCAUCGAAAUCAUUUCACGUCGGCUCAAUCCCGACGCCACCGCCACCUCGUCGUAUCGCCAGAUUGCCGACAACUGCGAGGCCGUGGAGGCUCUCCGAACCCGGGCCCGCGCACACAUGAAGGACAAGGAAAAGUGCAAGACGGCGUUGGAUCGUCUCCAAUAUUACGCAAUCCGCCUGCAUACGUCAUUCGUCAUCUCCGUCGCCUGCCGCCCGGCGCUGAAACGAGACUGCGAUCUUGAUCCUCGACAAAAGAAGGAACUGGCAGACCGGUGCAAGGAGAACCUGCUGGAGACGGUGCGGAUGUUCUUGGCUAUGCACCAGCUGUCUGUGAUUCCGACGAGGACUUGGGCCUUUACCUAUCAUGGUCUUUCCUCGGCCCUCUUGCUAGGAAUUUUGUGCGAGACCAAGGCAGAUCCCGAGAUACGGCAGCUACAAGGGGACCUGAUUGCCGCCCUGUCUGCCACGGCGGCAAAGGACGCAACCACACCCGAGCCCCACGUGCCCAAGACCGACAAGGACAUUGAGCUGUCCGGUCCGCUGUGGCGAGCGCUCACGGCGCUCAAGAAUAUCUACGACCACGGCUCAAUAGCGGGCUCCAGCUUGAAGCGAGAAGGCGACUCGUCGGCCGGCGCGAGCGGAAGCCGGACGCCGCUGCCUUCGUUCAAUGGCCAAGGCUUGGCAGGGCCGACUUCACAGCUUCGCGGCGCUCAGGCCGGUGGCAAUCCUCGGGAGGAUGCCGCCUUGGCCAUGGCCGAGAUGCAGAACGGAGCAUCUCUGUCCGAUUUCUCAGGAAUUCCAUUUACGCAGCCCAUCCCGACGACCAUGGGCCUAGACGGCAUGCCUGGCUUGAGCAUGGACCAAACGCAAUAUAUGGCGCCCAUGGAUCUUUACGACUCCAUCUGGGGCGAAUCCCCCGAUCCCUGGAGCUCGGGCAUGGAUUCCAUGAGCUUCGACUUUUCGGCGCAGCCGCCGCCAGGGCAGCCGCAGCAGCAGUUUUACUUUUGA